UCCUGUCAAAAUUUCAUUCAUAAAAUCAACGAUCAGCUGUUUUUACGGCUCACCUGUGGGAUACUUUCUUUGGAUAUUCUUUCAUUUACGUAAACAAGCUAACAAAAACAUGGAUAUAAAAAUUAAUAUUCCAAAUUACCCGAACAUCUGUCGGGUAUGUUUUGUGGAAAUUAGACACACUGAGUCGUGUGUCUCGGUAAAGGAUCAACUGAAGAAUGGUGCUAGUUACUGGACGUUAGUUCACGAGCUAUGUUCUCUAGGUCUUGAACAAGAGCCUAACGAGAAUGACACCAGUGGAAGCCUUCCUCAGUACAUUUGCAAUAACUGUACAAAGCAGAUAGAUCUCCUACAAACAUUUAAGUCCGAAACGGUCGCCAAUCAGCUAUUUCUGAACGCGUGGAUUGCAUUUAAAUAUCGAGCAGAUGCAGGUCCUUUGAGGGACCUGUUUCACAUACAAGUCAGUUAUCACGAUGCAAUACGCAAAACUCUCCGGCGAAUCAAGAUACUUGAGGACGAAGACGUAUGUCUCGAGACUUUGAUAAACGAUUCGGAGGAGGUCAGUUCCCAUCUUGAAGUUAAGUUUGAAGUGAAGAAUGAGCCUUUGGAUAUCGAAGACCCGUUGCUAAACUCUGUCUAUAGUGAGUUUGAUAAUGGCGCCAAAGAGCAAAACAAUUACGAUCACCAAACUUGUGAGGAUGAAGAUGGGUUUGGAGAGAACAGUUUGGUCGCCCUGAAGGAUCAAAAGAAUGCUGGAGACAAUAAACCUCCGAAAAAAAGAAAACGGAAAGUCGAUCUUGAACUGAACAUAGAUGGCGUCUCAAGUCGACCGUGUUAUCUGGAAAACUGUGAACCGAUACCAGUGGGUCAAGGGGAAAAACACAUUCGCGAGAAACACCGGGCUUACUGCAAAAUUUGUGGAAUGGUGUUCUUGUCCCACUCGCAAGCUGUUCACCACGUGGCGAUUCACAAAAACGACGAAGACCGCUACCGGUGCGAGGUUUGCGAUAAGCCGUAUUGGCGUGAACUUGAUCUCAAACUGCAUAGGCGGGACUUCCAUGGGAUCGACGUUGCCAAUCACGAGUGUCCCUAUUGCGACGAAAAAUUCCAGAGAAAAGCCGAUAUGUUACAGCAUCGCGAAACCCACACCGUUUGUAAAUUUUGCCCCAAGCAAUCCAAAUUUUACAAAACUAUGUUGAAGCACGCGAGGGAGCGACAUCGAGAUCAGCUUAAAUCUUGCAAAUCGUGCCAGGCCGUGUUUCUCGGAGCCAAGGAACUAGACAUGCACGAAAAGGCACAUCUUGAGGGCAGAGAGGAAAACUGCAUUCAAUUUCCGAUCAAGAACUGGACCCCAGCGCAUUGUCAAACCUGUGUGAGAGAUUUGUUCAAUCAAGAAUAUUUGCUACGUCACAACGAACAAGCUCACACGCAUGGAUUGUCGGAAAAGCCGCCGAGAAAUCGGAACUUCAAAAACCGUACCAAGGAAGAGUUAGAUAAGCUGGAGUACAAGUACAAGUGUGACGAUUGUUCUGCUAAAUUCCGUUUGAAGACAUCGCUCAAGGGUCACUGGAGAAAGAAUCACAGUGGGGAGAAAUUCAUCUGCGAGCACUGCGGAGCGUGUUUCAAAUCCAGAGCUGAAAUGAUGAUGCAUGAUCGGUACUUGCAUGCAAAAAUCACGCCAUUCGCGUGUGACUUUUGUGAUAAGCGCUGUCACACGAAAAAUGAUUUGAAAAUCCACCGGAGAAGCCACACUAACGAAAAACCCUACAAAUGUUGGCAUGAAGGUUGCGAUAAGGCGUAUAAAACUAGAUCGGCCGUGACGAAACACUUCCGAAUCCAUACCGGGGAGAAACCGUACAAGUGUUCGUACGAAGGCUGCGAUAAAUCCUACGCUUGUAGUCAACUGUUGAAGGUUCACCGUCGGAAGCACACGCUGGAGAAACCGUUCAAAUGUUAUUACUGCGAGUUGUACUUCGAUUCUACUAACAACCGGAGAAAGCAUUGCCACCGGCAUCAUGCAGGUUUACCCAUCGGUAGGGAACUGGAGAGGCUAAAUCAACAAGGUGCGAAAGGGAAUAGCACGGGUGAAUCUACGGAGCAUUCUGAGGGUUCAAGAAGUGCUGAGAUGCCAGUUAAACAAGAGGUGGAUGGUUCAUGAUAAGGAAAUAAAAGCAAACUCAUACUGCAACGUGGGCAACAGAA